AUGGCAUCAGCAAUGCUGCCAGCUUUUCAGUGCCAAAACAACUUCCACUUGGCUACUCAUAGCAAGUGCAUCAAAAUCUUUUGGGGCUUAUUUUUCUUAUUUGCUCUAUCCAACUCAGUUGCAUCAAAAGCCAUUGUCAAGAACUUACCAGGCUUCCCUGGGGAGCUACCAUUCGUACUUGAAACAGGAUACAUAAGCGUGAACGAUUCUGAACUAUUCUACUACUUCAUCGAAUCACAAGGAAACCCUCAAGAGGACCCUCUAUUUCUUUGGUUAACGGGAGGCCCUGGUUGUUCUUCUCUCUGCGGAAUUCUUUAUGAAAUAGGUCCUAUAGAAUUUGAUAUUAGUAACUACAUUGGGGGAUUACCAAAAUUGGCAUAUUAUCCGUAUGCAUGGACAAAGACUGCUAGCAUCAUAUUUCUUGAUUCGCCCGUGGGAACUGGCUUCUCCUAUUCGAUAACUACACAAGGUUGGGCGACUUCGGACUCAGCAUCAGCAGAGCAAGCCUAUCAGUUCCUCAGGAAGUGGUUGGAAGAAAACCCACAGUAUCUCUCAAACAAACUGUUUAUUGGGGGUGAUUCUUAUUCGGGCAUAAUUGUUCCUUUGAUUACAAAGAUGGUUGUAGAAGAUAAUGAAGCUGGAUUGCAGCCUCGGUUGAAUCUCAAAGGCUAUUUGGUAGGGAGCCCUCGCACCGAUGAGUUUAUCAACAGUAAUUCAAUAAUGCCAUUUGCUCACCGCAUGGCACUUAUAUCAGACGAGCUCUAUGAGAAACUAAAAUCAAGUUGCAAUGGGAACUAUGUGGUCGUGGAUCCAUCAAAUGAAGAAUGUCUUGCUGCUAUUGUCGAGUACGAGAAGUGCAUCGAAGCUAUAUGGCCCAAUAACAUUUUGGAACCCAACUGUGAAUUUGCAUCUCCCCAGCCACUCGAAGAAAAUCGUCCAGAUUUUGUGCUUUCCCCACCAAGAAUUUCAGAACUAUGGUGUCGGGUUUUUAACUAUGCACUAUCUUACACUUGGGCAAAUGAUGGUAGCGUUCAAGAAGCCUUGCAUGUUCGAAAGGGUAAAGUGAAGGAAUGGGAUCGGUGCAACAAGAGCCUCUCAUACACUUAUGAUGUCAAAAGUGUGAUCCAUGUUCACCAAUGGCUCAGCAAAAGGAACUUAAUGCUUCUCGUUGAGGGUGGUGACCGCGAUAUGAUUAUUACCUUUGUGGCUACUGACAUAUGGAUAAGGACUCUAAACUUGACUGUUGUCGAUGAAUGGCGACCAUGGUUUGUUGAUGACCAAGUUGCAGGUUACACAAGAAAGUAUUCAGAAAACGGAUUUGGUUUAACAUACGUAACUGUGAAAGGUGGGGGACACACAGCUCCGGAGUACUACCGUAGAGAAUGUUAUGAGAUGUUUCAGAGGUGGCUCCAUGCCUACCCAGUAUAACUCUGUGUCGGAUAACAUUUACUAUUACUGUG